ACUAAGGUGAACUUGAAGAAGGUAUUACAAGAAGAUUAUAAAAUCUCGAGUGAGGAUAUUACUCUUAUUCCACAGUUCAAACCAGUUACUUGUCCGGUUGAUGAAAACGCUUCAGAAUUUAAGCUCUGCAUUGAUGAUAUCUUUCGUAGGAUAAGGAAUAUGAGACCAGUUGUAGAUAGUAAUGAGGUUAUGCAUUGCGAGUAUAUUUCUAUAAUACUUCACAUAACGGGGAGUCUCCUCAAAGGUUUAAUAAUUACUCCUCAAAUGAAAGUAACUGGCGAAAUAAAUACUGGUUGUGUUGACUAUACAAUCAAAAAAAUCUUGGACGAUUUGUUCGAAGAAAUAAUUUGCAUAAUCGAGGGCAAACAGAAUCAAGUAACUAUGGGUAUCUGCCAAAACUUAUUGCAAUGUCGAAGUGCGUGUGAUGUGGAUGAACUUAGAUAUACUUAG